CGGAUUUUAGUCAUUGCAAUCUUGGUUACCAAGACGCUAUAUUUCCAUUUUGAACUGCCUUCAAAAUCCUUUUAAAGUUUUGUAAUCUGGUAAUUCGCAAUCAAACAAAACAAGGAAUACCAAGUAGAAAAUACCCAAAAUGGCAAGUGGAGAACAACAUUUACAUCUAUCUGUUAGAGAAAAUGACAAAGAAAAACUGGGAGAGCUGUUGGGUGCUGGAGUUGAUAUAAAUUGUUUAUUUUAUGGAUGGACACCCUUACAAGUAGCAAUUCAGGAAGGUAAUGAAGAUAUUGGAGUAUUUGUAAUAGAGAAAGGUUGUGAUUAUAAUUUCCAUGACAGACACAGUGUUACCCCAUUUGAAGAUGCUGUCAACAGAAAUUUAUCAAAGAUUGUAGGAGCAUUGAUAUCUAAGGGAGCUAAGCCAAAUGAGCCAUUAUCUACUGGUAAUUUGGCAGUUUGUGUAGCAGCUGAGAAGUCAUACAAAGAACUACUGCAAACUCUCAUAAAUGGUGGUGCUAGUGUAAAUUCAGUAAACAAUGAAGGAGCAACACCACUGUACAUAGCCUCAAAAGAAGGACACAGUGAAUUGAUACAAACAUUAUUGAAUGCUCGAGCUAAUGUCAACAUGCCAUGUGAGAAAGGUGAACAGCACACACCAUUGAUAGCUGCUACAGCUGCAGAGCAGUUUGAUGUUGUUAAAUUAUUGUUAAAGAAUAACUGUGACAUCAAUGCUCCAGAUAAGGAUGGAUGGACACCAUUAUGGCAUGCCUAUGGGAACAAUGAUGAAGACAGUAUGAAAUUGUUACUGAAAUCAGGUGCAGAUAAGAAUGUUAGAAAUGCAGAUGGAGUUACAAUAAUGGAUGAAGCAAGAGACGCAGAUGAUGAUAGCAUGAUAGAAUUAUUACAAAGUUUUUCACAAGCAUGGACAUGAAAGAAUAGUAACAUUUGAAUGUGAAAGAAUCUCGCAAGUUUAUAAACAAUAAUGCUGAUCAGACAGAGUAAACAUGUGUAGCACAUGCUAUUGUGUGCAUCACAGAUUGCAGCAACUAAAUAAGAAAUGAUGUCACAAAUUUAAAGUGAUAAACAUUUGACCAAAAUUAAAGAUGUUCUAACUUUUAAAAUGAAUCUUAUGAAGAAAUUGUCAAAGUUGUGAGAUCAAUUUAAUCUACAUUUCACAAAUGUAUAUAUAAUCCAGAUCGGUCUUAAAGACAGUGGUUUCUUUUUUUUCAAUUUUAAUGAGAAAAUACAAUUUAUAAAAAUUAUUUCUAUUCAUGAUCUCUAUAAUAUUUAUGAUGGAUAAAUGAGAUACUUUAAUAUAAUAAAUUUAUUUAACGCUAAAUACCGUAACUACUGAGAUUACUAAGAUAUUUAGACUCAAAUAGUGAAAUAUCUGUUCAUUCUUAUCAAGAUUUUCUACUUAUGAUUAUUGAGUUUUUAACAGCCAAAUUACUAUAUGUACUGUUUAGAUAUUUAAUGUGGAUGUUACCGAGAUAUAUACCAGUACUCUUAAAAUGAAAAAAGACAACUAUUAUACUUUUGUUACAACAACCAUUUUGUAUAAAAUCCCAAAUAUGAGGGGCCUGAUGGGGGGCUCUCAUCACGAUUCACGAGUUGAUUUUUUUGUCAAUCACGAUUCACAGAAAAUAAAUUUCCAUGAUCACGGAUCACGAAAAUAUAAAAAAAAAAAAAAAAAUCUGUAGAAAAACGGAUCACGAUAGCGAAAAUGCGCCAAUCACGAAGAACAAAAAUAACCCAUCAGGCCCCUAAAAUAUGAAAAAAAAAAUGUGGGCCGUACAAAUAAGAUGAAAGCUACUAGGUUAGCAAUGUGUUUGAAGAAAAAAUUGCAAUGCAAAAGUUUAUUGUAUUUUGUUAUUAAAAUGAAUUAUCAAAGCUA